GUUGAACAAAAGAAAACGUUCAUGGAAAUGUAUGAGGAUGCCAAACAGUUUGACCAUUUGAUUGUGACUCCACCCCUGCAACUGCUUGCAAUGGGAACUAUGGGACCCCGAUUGGUGUUUCUCCGAGAGGAUAACCUAGGUCUUUAUUUUAGCAAAGAAAAGGGAGCUCCAAAUAAGAUUGAGGUUUACGACUGUCUGUCUGGAAAAUGGUUACUGAAAAUGUGGAACAUCUGGCACACAUCCUUAAUGAUGUCAGAAAUGACAACACCUUCAAACUUACUAAAACCCCGAAAGAGGCAAUUGUGGUCCUCUUUGAUUCAAGUUCUUCAAUGACAGAAGAAUGUUACGACACUGCCACUCAGAUGAAGCGCAUUGAAGCGGUCAAGCAAAUCUUUGACAGUUUUUCUAACAGAAGCAUGGCAUAUGAUUUACCACAUAUCAUAUGCCUUGUGAAAUUUAAUACGGAUGUGGAAACUAUCCUUGAUUUCACCGAAAAUCUGGAAACCUUCAAGGAGCAAGUGCAUGGUAUUGAAGCAUCAGGCUACACAAGGUUGUAUGAUGCGUUACUCCAUGGCAUCUCAGAACUUGAAAAAGUCAAGCAAAGAUUUCCAGCUUGCAGAUGUCGCAUCUUGUGUUUGACAGAUGGCAAUGAUUACAGAUCUCAUAAUAACCCAAUUUCUGUUACCAAUCAAUUGAUGGACAAGAAGAUCGUGGUUGAUGCUGUUCUUAUUGGCAAGGCAGAUAACACUGUUUUGCAUGGAAUCAGCUAUGUAACAGGUGGUUACUGUUUUAAGCCUGAGACUGCAAAAGCUGCACUUAAGCUUUUGGAGAUGGAAACAGUUUUGUCCAUGGAGAUGAGGGCAGAGAGAACAGAUGUACCAGUCUCUUCUGUAAAAACCAAGGAUCCAGGAAACUGUGCUGAAGAGCCUCUCACUUUCUACGCUAGUGCAGGGUGCACAGAGACAGACUUGACAAGAAUUUUUGUCAAACAUGGCUAUGAUGUUGAACCGCAGAAGAAGCUUCCUCCACAAAUCACCCAUAAAGUGAACAGGACAGAGAGUGUACUUAAAAAGAAGAUAAAGGAAAGCAGAACAGGACACUUCAUGGAGAGACACAGACGAAUUUUAGAAGAACUGAAGAGUCUUCAUUGUGAUCCCCAUCCGUACUGUACUGUGUUUCCCUCUGAAACAGACUUCACAUUCUGGAGGAUUAUCAUGAAAGGACCUCCGGAAACCCCCUAUGAGAAAGGAGUUUUCGAGCUGUACUGUGAGUUUGGUUCUGAUUAUCCAGUGAAAGCACCUCUUGUGCGAUUCUUCACUCCUAUUUAUCACUGCAACAUCAACAAUGUGGGAAGGAUUUGCCACCACAUAUUUGAUCGAAGCUACUCAUCUGAUGUUACUAUAAGAGAGAUCCUGGAUGCUGUGUAUGGACUUCUGAUACUCCCUGAGGCUGAAGAUCCACUGGACAGUGUUUUGGCAGAAGAAUUCCAGACAAACAAACAAGGCUUUGAACAAGCAGCCAAAGCUGAAACAGCGAAAACUGCUGGUCAGUCUGUUGAAUCCAUUGAAAAGAAAUACGUAGGAGAGAGCAGUGCGGCGGUACCUCCUCAUCUGUUAUGUCCACUGUCAAAACAGAUGUUUGUUGAUCCAGUGAAAAACAAAUAUGGGAUUGUGUACGAGCGUAAAGCCAUUGAGGAAUGGCUAAAGACGAAUCAGAUCGAUCCAGUCAUGAGGAAGCCGCUUAGUUCCGGUGAUCUAAAGCAAGACACAAACAUAAAGAGGGCGGUUCAGCAGUUUCGUAGAGCCCAGGUAGAGGAAUCUGAAUAGGAAAAGGCCAGAUUUACGUGUAGAUUUACGAUGGAAAAAGAGUUCAACUCGUUUUGUUUUUGCGGCCCUGAAAGUAAGAGAUUAAUCUGAAAAUUUGAGAUUUAAGAAAUAAUCGGUUAGAAUAAAUUAGAUUAUAAAUAAUUUAUUUUUGUAUCUGUUUUUUUUUGAUAUUACAAAAGAAUGUUCAGUUUCUUUAUCUGAAAGUACUGUUACAACUCCUGAUGAUCCUGUGUUCUUAAACCUUACAUUGUGAAUAAGGUCUACGUUUUCAUUUGUUAGAUUUCAAGGAUGCUGUUUGGUUUAAAAUGUAAUAAAAUUGUUAAUCUCUGGCUACUA